AUGACAGACAAAUCUCUAAAACUGGCACAUGGUGUAGUGAAGAAUGUCUUGGUCAAGGUUGAAGAUCUUUUCCUACAUGCAGACUUUGUAGUCCUUGAUAUGGGAGAGGAUAAGAAUAGCUCCAUCAUCCUAGGAAGGCCGUUCCUAGCCACUGAGAGAGCUCUGGUUGAUGUGGAGCAAGGUGAAUUGGUUCUGAGGAUGCAUGAGGACUACUUGGUAUUCAAGGAUUUUAGACCCUCCCAUCAGUCUGAUGAUGGAGGCACUGGUAUGAAGAGUGAACUCACCAAUUCGAGCCUACAAGGACCUUUGACUGAGGUAGAGCAAAGUUCGUAG